GAUCACUCAUAAUUUAGAGAUGAACAACGGAUACAUGACGGAAUGUUUUUACCGGGAGACAUUGUAUAUGGGAGGAUGGGGAAGUUGCCCUUCCUUCCUGCGGUCAUUGUACCGGAGGAAGGGGGGGACGAAGCCGCCUUCCACCGAGUCAAACAUGUCAAUACCAAGUAUGGAAGCCAUUAUAGACAUACCUACCGGGUGGUGUGGCUGGAUGGUUCAUACCGCCACACCUGGGUGGGGCGCUCGGCCUGCGCCCCGUUUUCAGCGCCCCCCCCAGGUGAGGAAGAAGGAGCCGUCCAGUCACCACACCACAGCCUUGAGGAGCACAUCAACACAUACCGGAGGAACUAGAAAGAUCGGGCAGCGUUGCGGGUGCCAAGGCGCCUGGAGCAGGUGUGCCGUGAGGGGGUCGAGGAGGCUAUCAACUUGAGCCGCCUCCCCACGGCAGCCCGGCUUGAAGCCAUCGCGGCCCAACUGACAACACUCCCCGUCGAUGACGAGGAGUGGUUGCAGGUUGGCCCCGAUGGCCAGGCGCCGAGGCCGGAGCCCCGCCAGGCCCCCGAGCCCAUGGAGCUCCCCGAACCAGCAGCAGUCGUAAGUCUUCUUGAAUAAAUGAAUCUAUUUAGUUGCCAAAAAUACAAAAAAUCUGGUGUGUUACACUCACGCAACUUCCCUUGAUCAUUUAGCUGUAACAUUUAACGAGAAUAACUUCGGGGAAUAAUAUAAUGACGAUUGGCGGCUACAUAUUUAAAACUACCAUCAUACUAUUGUUUUCAGAGUACAUAUUUUCCCUUUGUGAAAAUUGUGAAAUUCGAUGAUUUUUUUUCA